AAAUCAUAACUUGGUUUUAUAACCCUACAGACUUCUGGAUGAAAAGGCUCCUAUAACAAUGGCAAAAGUCCGGGAUGGAAGAAGGUGUGUCCGUUACAAAUGUGGCUUAAUCAGCACCAUUCAAGAUGUCCUUCGCAAAAGACCCGACUGGGUUGAAGUCAAAGAUGAGGAAGAGUGGGACUUCAACUGGUCUGAUGCGAGUUCGGUGAGGGAAAAUUUCCACAUGUUCAUGAAGGAACACGUCAGGAUAAACCACUUUCCUAACUAUUAUGAACUGACACGCAAAGAUCUCAUGGUGAAAAACCUUAAAAGGUUCCAGAAAGGUCUUGAAAAGGAUUUUGGCCGCACAGAAGCCUCCAGGUGUGAUUUUUUCCCCUCCACCUUUGCAUUGCCCAGUGAGUAUCAUCUCUUUGUGGGAGAGUUCAGCAGAAGCCCUGGCAGCACCUGGAUCAUGAAACCGGUAGGAAAAUCUCAAGGCAAAGGGAUUUUCCUGUUCAGAAAACUAAAAGACAUCAUGGACUGGAAGAAGGACAGUUCCCGCACAGAGGAACAGACAGAUGCAAUGCAUGUGGAAAACUAUGUAGCGCAACGCUAUAUAGAGAACCCUUACCUAAUUAAUGGCAGGAAGUUUGAUCUGAGAGUUUAUGUCCUUGUCACAUCAUUUGUUCCCUUGAAAGCCUGGCUGUAUCGAGAUGGCUUUGCCCGCGUCUCAGGCACUCGCUUCUCCCUGAGCACCAUUAAAGACAAGUACAUGCACCUCACCAAUGUUUCAGUUCAAAAAACAGCACCUGACUAUAAUCCGGAAAAGGGAUGUAAAUGGCAGCUGCAGCAGCUCAGACGAUACCUGACAGCAAAGCACGGCAGAGAGAUGGUUGAAACCCUCUUUAAAGAGAUGGAUAAUCUCUUUGUCCGGAGCCUACAGAGUGUGCAAAAGGCCAUUAUAAAUGACAAACACUGCUUUGAGCUGUAUGGCUAUGACAUACUACUGGACCAGAACCUCAAACCAUGGUUAAUUGAGGUGAAUGCCUCCCCUUCRUAUGCGCACAGUAGUCAAGAAGAUUACGACAUGAAGUGUAGACUGCUGGAGGACACUUUGAAUGUCGUUGACAUGGAGGGAAGGCUCACUGGCAAGGAAAAAAGAGUGGGAGGCUACGAUCUCAUGUGGAACAAUGGGCCCGUCUAUAAAGAGGACGUCAACCCACAAACACUUGGCAGCUUGUGUUUCACUGCCAACACACACUUAGGGUGUGUGAACGACAGGGAGAAGCAGCUUCGCCAACUUUUAAAUCCAUUCCAAUUUCAGAAGAAGCUCUAAUUGCAUCCAGAAACAAAAUGUAUCCAAUAAAUCAGUUUUGAGAACAUUUGA